GUGAUGAUGCUGGACAUUCCGACCACCCAGCGCUUCAUCAACGACUGCGUCUCUUUCCAUUUUGACAUUGUGCAAGGUAUGUCUCGGCAGUACAUGACGUCCCCGGUUGCCUUCGCCAUGGGUGCAGCAAUGGCUGGCUUGCUGCCGGCCAACAUCCGGAACGUGCAGACCUACCCGGAGGAUGGCAAAUACUGCCGCAUGAUCAACCAGCAUCUGGUGAGGCGGAACUAUGCAAUCCGAUUCGCCGAGCUGAGCGAUUUGCCUAGUCUUCUCAGACUCGAGGAGUUUGCUUGGGUCCAGGAGAUGCGAGCCACUGAGGAGGUGCUGAAAACCCGACUCACCACUUCUCCGACGACGAACCUAGUUUGCGAAUUGGACGGCAAGGUGGUGGCCGUGCUGUACAUGCAACGAAUUGCCUCCUUCGACGUCCUAGACGAACAGAGGUUCAUGGAGAUCUCCAAGACCCACGACCCGGACGGUCCGGUCGUUCAGCUCAUCGCCAUUGGGACGGAUCCGGAGGUCGGGAAGCUGGGUAUUGGCUCCGAUCUGCGGUCCUUCGCGCUUCAUCUCGCACGCCUCGACCGGGGGGUCGACUGCGUGGUGGGA